AUAGUUUGUAUAGGUGGCUCUGCAGUUUGUUUAAUUAGGUUUCUGUCAUUGUUACAACUGUUACCGCUUGGUUUUCUUAUCUUUUAUGCUUAUCCAUUUUUAUUAAUGUUAUGUACGUUCUUUCUUGACGGUUUGUCGCUGUAUUUAAUGAAGAAAAUGAAGAAGGGACAGUUUUCUGGUCUCUCCCAAGCUUUCAAACUCCACUCAUAGUUUUAAAAUUUAUAAAGAAAAAAUCUACUGCUUGUUUUUGUUCGUUUUAUUAAAUAUGCCUGUAUUUUCCGAGUGAUGAGCGAUUCCGAUGACACGGAUAUACUUCUUCUGAUCCCCCCGAAGUUCUUCACCGUCCCUUCGGACCAGGAGUUCGAGCUGGAAGAGAAAGAGAAGAAGGAAGUCGUGAGCAGUCUGGUAUCCCAAGUGAACAGCCUGGAGAACCGUGUCAACGUUAUCGAGAGUUUUACGUCGUCGAGGUGUGGUUCGAGUUUCGGCGAGGAAGGCGAUAAAAGCGACCUGGAAUUGAAAUCGGUCAGGUCGAGAGACAAAGAGAGCUUCCUCAAAGAGAUAGAUGUGUACCUAGAGUCAGUCAAGACGGUCCGACAAAGCAAAGAGAAUUCUCUCAAAGAGGCCAAGCAUUUCCUCGGAAUGGAAGAUAGAGCGAUCGACACACUUUUUCAAAACGGCAGCCCUUCGAAACGGCUCGCCUUGCCCGAAGUAGACAAGCUUCUUAAAGAAAUGGAAAUCACGCAAAAUGAAAUCGAGAAUAAGCUCAAAGCAAGAGAGAUCGAGUACGGUAUGGACAAGGAGAAACAAAUCUCGCCUCGCAAAGUUUAUCUAAACGGUGAAAAUAUCGGCUCGGUGCCAGACUUAAAUUUCGGCGUGCGAGAAAUGUUUAAUUCUCCUAAUACAAGUCCUUUAAAAGCCAAAGAGCCGCCUAAGCCGCCUAUUGUAGAUCAGUUUACUAAAAGAGAUGAGUAUCUAGUUGGGAGCAGCAACAGUGAAAGAAGGAGUUCCAUUUCCAGCGUAUAUUCAAGGACGCCGAAGAAAGACACAGAUACAAAGAUGCCUGAGAGGCGUUACAAAGCGGGAUAUAUGUCGCCUAGGAGACGUCUUCAAAUGACAAGUGAUUAUGUGUGCAACACUAAACCACUCGAGUGCAAAACGUCUUUCAUUGAGCCUGAGGAGAAAGUUAUGACUUCCGUGGAAAACAGCGAACAGAGGUUUAAGCCCGAAGGUCUGAUAAACACGUACAAACCAAACUCAAUUCCAGAACAGGCAAUGAGGAGCAAUCUUCUUAGCCUUGCAGACCUUUGGAAAAGUGAUGGAACGUCAACUUCUGAAAACCCUUCCAAAUUGAGGCAAAAGCUUGAAGAAGAAAAAUAUAGACGAUUGCAUUUAGAAAACACCAUCCAGACGCUUAACAGAAAAGUACUGGAAGAGCAGGAAAAGCUAGCUGUUGCUAUGAGGGUAGAUGAGGGCAAAGAUAAGGCGAUUGGGAAAAUAACAGAAGCUUGGAAGCAAAUGGUUGAACACUGGAAGGAAAUUGAAGCCGAGAGGCAUUCCAUGUCUCAGAAGCUCAUUAGUGAAAGGACCUCUAUCAAAAGAGCCCAAGAGGAUAUUAACAAGAAAAUAGACAGGUGGGAAAAGGAAGUUUCCCAAGCCUUGGACCUUGCAGCAGGUUUCAAAGGCAAGUGCGAGUAUCUCGAAGCUGAAUUGACAGUCGCCAAAGAAACAGCAGAUGCGAGAAUACGAGAAUUGGAGGAUAAUCUCGAAUCGAAGGAGACUACGUUGAAAAAUCUCAUGGAUGAAAGGGCAAAACUAAUGGAAAAACUGCGUGAUUCAGAAGAAAACAACGAAACCGAGAAGAAAUUGGUUGAAAUGGCUAGGAAUGAGGUUACAAUCGUGCAGAAGAAUCUGUCUGAUGUCGAAGCUGAACUGGCGAUUGUCAAAGAGCAAAAGGAAUUACUUUCGACCCGACUCAAAGAAGAAAAAGGGAGAAAUCAGACUCUAGAACAACAGAAAAAUCACCUGCAAGAAGCUUUAACCGAAUCGAAAGCGAAGCAAGCGCUCGCUGAAGAGGAGGCCAAAGUUGCCAGGGAACAACUGGACAAAGCGAAAACCGAAUUGAGGACGCUGUACCAGAACCAGCUGGAGUCUGUCGUUCGGGACAAGCUGGCAGAAUUCCAAGGGCAAUUGGAUGCUGCGCAGGCUUCUAUGCAAGCCGAAAUCGACAACAAUAAAAAGAUUGCCCAUCAAAAGGCCGAACAGCAAAAGUCUACCUUAAUCAACAGCCAUCUUGCUGAAAUUCGAAGGCUGGAAUCUUUACACAAAGAGGAAAUGAGAGAACUAAGCUUAAAACUGGCAGAGAGUGAGAAAAAAAGAUUGCGAUUGGAAAACGGAAAAAAAGAUAUUGCACAGAAGCUUCAUGGUGUUAUGGAAACUCAAUGGCAACAAGCCCUCAGCAUUAUCACAAGCGAGUUAAGCAUGCGACAGACUGAUCUGGAUACUCAGAGAGGACAGGGUGAUGCUCAACCUGUGAGCAGCCGGGAAGCAAAACAAUUCAAGAUUAUCCCAGAUGUCACAGAAAGUGAUGAUAAUCAUGGAAGAGAAUCUGAAGUAGGUUCACAGCCGCUGACAGUAGGUCAAUCAACCAACCAAGAGCUCCUCAAGUACAUCCAAAUGCUGUUGGAGAAGCAGCCUGGAAAGCCUGUAGACAGUUCUUCCAGUCUGUGGCAGGACACUUCACAAAGUGAAAUAUUCGACCCAAGCCUUCCUGAAAAAAUACCAUGGCAUCAGAUCAUUUCUAAUCUGUUGCAGGGAAAUUUCCAAAACGGAGCUCAGGAUGCACAACAAAUGAAAAAACCUCCUUGGAAAUGACAGUUGUACAUUGUUAUAUAAUAUUAAAAAUAUAUGUUAAACAAAAUAAUAAUUUAUUAAUCUAUACUAAAGUGAGCCAGAGAUUGGCAUUUUAUAAGAUUUAAAAAAUCAACUCAUGAGGCUGGAAAUGAAAAUUGAACCUCUCCUUUCUCUUUGAUACCCCAAAAAAGUAUUUGAAUGAUAUUAACGACAAUAAUAUGCCUUUUUUUAAAUUCUUAUUUAUUCUACGAUAAGACUCACUGAGUUAAUCUACAAAUAUUUAUACGUAACAAGUUUACAAUUUUAUACGAGUGUGCUUUCUUAUAACCUUAUGUAUAUAAGCUUUGCAUUAAAAUGCAUUUGUACAUUUUUUAAUGAUAUUCAACUUUAAUAAAACUGUUAAAUUAUA